AUGUACUGCAACAUGAGAAUGCAUUAUUUCAACUACCAGAGAUAUAGAAACCAAAACCAAUACCAGUCCCAAUGCAGUAGUAAUAACUGUUACUGCAUUGGUAAUAAGGACACCUGUACAUGCUACAGUAGCACUUUGUCCUCCUGCUUCUGUGAGAAUUAUGGCAAUAUUACCGCCAUCCCUGCAGCAGUUAGUCCAGUCACAGACCCUGACUGUGUGCUUUAUAAUGACACCUACAUCUGCACUGGUGCUCAGUAUCGCAUGUACUGCAACACAAGAAUGCAUGAUUUUUCCUUCCAGAGAUAUCAGUACCAAGACCAGUACCAGUGUGUGAAUAAUAACUGUAACUGCAUUGGUAAUAAGGACACCUGUACAUGCUAUAGGAGCACUUUGUCCUCGUGCUUCUGUGAGACUUACGGCAAUAGCAUUGCUCUCACUACAGCAGUUAGUCCAGUCUAUGACUGUGUGCUUUAUAAUGACAUAUACGUCUGCACUGGUGUUCAAUACCGCAUGUACUGCAACACAACAGUGCAUGAUUUCUACUAUCGGGGAUAUCAGAACCAAAACCAAUACCAGUAUCAUUGUGUGAAUAAUAAUUGUUACUGCAUUGGUAAUAAGGACACCUGCACAUGCUACAGCAGCACUUUGUCCUCCUGCUUCUGUGAGACUUACGGCAAUAACAUCACCAUCCCUAUAGCAGUUAGUCCACUGAGAGUCUCUCAGUGUGUGCUUUUUAAUGACACGUACAGCUGCACUGGUGCUCAGUAUCGCUUGUUCUGUGACACAAGAAUGCAUGAUUUCUACUAUCAGAGAUACCAAAACCAAGACCAAUACCAUUACCACUGUUUAAAUAAUAACUGUAACUGCAUUGGUAAUAAGGACACCUGUUCAUGCUCUAGUAGCACCUUGUCCUCUUGUUUCUGUAAGACUUAUGGCAAUAGCAUUGCACUCACUACAGCAGUUAGUCCGGUCUAUGACUGUGUGCUUUAUAAUGACACGUACAUCUGCACUGGUGCUCAGUACCACAUGUAUUGCAACACAAGUAUGCAUGAUUUCCAUUACAGUAGAUACCAUUACCACUGUUUAAAUAAUAACUGUUACUGCAUUGGUAACAAGGACACCUGUUCAUGCUCUAGUAGCACUUCAUCCUCCUGCUUCUGCACAAAUCACAGCAGUGGCAUCACUAUCCCUGCAGCAGUUAGUCCGGUCUAUGACUGUGUGCUUUAUAACGACACAUACAUCUGCACUGGUGCUCAGUAUCGCAUGAUCUGCAACACAAGAAUACAUUAUUUCUACUAUUGGAGAUACAGAAACCGAAACCAAUAUGAAUAUGAAUGCUGGGGUAAUAACUGUGGCUGCAUUGGUAAUAAGGACACCUGUACAUGCUACAGCAGCACUUUAUCCUCCUGCUUCUGUGAGUCUAACAUCUUCCAAACCGCACUCAGACCAACUACUGCAGGUGUGCAUAUCACACUGCCGGAUCAAUACAGGACCUCCAGAGGAUAUCUUCAAAAUCGUCUUGAGCAGAUAGAGAACAUUACAGCUCAAGAGCUCCCUUUGUAUACUGUGAUGAACAUGUUGACUGUGGUAUUCAACACUUCAGAGAAGAUUCUAGAGUCAUCAUCAUCAGCAAGCCCAGCUGAACUAGCCUCCUUUGGAAAUCGUGUGUUAAAAGCCAGUGAGAAACUCAUUUCUGCAUUAGUGAAGCCAACAAACACAAGUGACAGAGUCAGUUUUACUCUUGCUGCUGUAGAGGGUCAAGUCUUCAUGGUUGGACCACAGGUCACCUUAAAUAAAAUCCCUCGACUUGACACGACAAAUUCUUCUGUGGACAUCGAUCUCAUUGGGAUCGCCAAGAACAACAGUCACACAGGAUCAGCUGCUGUGGCUUUCAUGAGCUACGUCACGAUGGAGAAACUACUGAAGCCAGACUUCUUCAACACAUCAAACAACACGAUUAAAACCAUGAUGUCCACUGUGAUCUCAGCUACUCUUCCCAAAACCACCAACACUAAACUCACCAAACCAAUCAACUUCACCUUCAGACACAUCAGAGAGUUUGAUCCCAGUGGUUCUCUGUCCUGUGUGUACUGGAAUAUCAGUGAGUGGAUUGAAGAUGGUUGUUCUGUUUUAAAGACCAACGGCAGCUACACUGUGUGUUCCUGUGAUCAUCUGUCGACAUUCGCUCUUGUGCAAAUCAGCCGCCCACCAGAGAUGAAUCUGAUGAAUCUGGUGAUUUGGGUGUGUGUGAUCGUGGGGCUGGUGUUCUUCAGUUUGGCCCUGUUGACCUUUGCCCUUUAUAAGUGGAGUCCUGUGCGUGAUUGGAUACGUGGUUGUGUUGUGCUGGGUCCUGAAGGCUACAAAAGGGAAGAGUAA